GUUGUGUGUAGCCUUGUUAGCUGUGCUGCUGCUACACGUUCACUGAUAUCCCUGUGUGUAGUCAGUGUGAACAUGUAUAAUCUCAACCAGCUUGUGUUGUGUUGACAGUUAGCUCACCUAGCUUGAUUAGCUAGCAUUGUGUCUGUGAUGCUACUGUUAGCACUGAAUGUUAUCAAGUUAAAAGAACAACAAUAUCACAACGCUGUCAGGCUGUUAGCAUGGCAGCUUUGAGGUUUUUCACCUGCACUUUAUGUCAGAGAGGUUAGGUAUUUUAAUGGACUUGAGAACUAGCUGCCUUUUUUGCUUUUGAGCAAGCAGCACAAAUGAAUUAUGGGGCUCAAAGUGGUCCAGCUUACCUCCAAGUCCCACCACGAAAACAUCCUGGCCUCUCUGCAACAGCUGAGGCUGCAGGGACAGCUCAGUGAUGUCACAGUGCAGGUAGACUACCAGGGAGACGUGCAGGAGUUUCAGGCCCACCAGCUGAUGCUCGCGGCAUCCAGUGGCUACUUCAAGAAGAUCCUUCUCUCUCAGGAUGCCGCCCGAGACAAAGUAUUACUCUCCAAUAUGCACUCCAACGAUUUCUCCAAGUUUUUGGAGUUUGUGUACACUGGUAAAGUUGAAGUUGUCAGAGACAAGAUUGGUGAUGUUCAAGCAGCGGCACAGCUUUUGGACUGUGAGGAUCUGUCUGAGGUUUGCGGUGAGGCCAUGAGUGCUGGAAUACUGCAAAAACCUACGAAGAAAGCAUCCGCAUCAGUAGAUAAAGGUGACUUACAUGGUGCCAAGAAAGACAAAAAGACCAAAGUGAAGAAGCAGCCUAAACGGUUACUUCUUAAGCGGUGGCUCUCUCCACAGAGCUCUGAGAAAGAAGUCAUUUCAAAAAGAUUAAAGGCAAAGAAAGCCGCGAAGGAUGAAACAAUACAAGGAAAAAGCCUAAAACUGAGGAUGGCUGGCCGUAAAGUCCUUCGGAGUCAUUUUAAUACUAAAAGAGAGGCUAACCCUGACAAUAAAAAACAAGUUACCAAUGAAGACACGGAGGAGAAUGAGGACAGGACUGAAGCCGAGGCUCGGGCAGAGAAAGGGUACGAGUCAUCAUUGGGAAUGCCAGCCUCUGAUACGGAUGAUUGGGAUUGGAAUGGUAUGGAAGAUGUGCAGAGUAGUGAUCCUGAAGAAGACUCCUUGUUGUUAUCUGUGGGGGAUGAAGAGGAGGAUGAAGAGGGACAGCUCAAGGACACAUUAAAGAAAACAUCCAAGGCCCAGUUCCAGUGUAACAAGUGCCAGCGGACCUUCCACUAUGAGAGAAGCUACUUGAAGCACAUCAGCACGUACCAUGGAGUGAAAGCAGACGUCAUCUACCGCUGUGAGACCUGCCAGCAAACCUUCGCCAACCGCAGCAAUCUGAAGAUCCACGAAAAGCACGUCCACAGCAACGAGAGGCUCUUUACCUGCGACUCCUGCGGAAAGACCUUCAAACGAAAGAAGGAUGUUGUCCGCCAUCAAAGACAGGUGCAUGAACGUAACAAUUCGCGACAUGUCUGCCCCGACUGUGGAAAGGCACUCAGCUCCAAAACCGCUCUGUUGUUGCAUGAGAGGACACACACGGGUGCAAAGCCCUUCGAGUGCACCGACUGCGGGGCCAGGUUUACCCAGAACUCUGCCCUCAAGAUGCACCGCAGGACUCACACAGGAGAGAAGCCAUUCGCAUGUGACGAGUGUGAAGCCCGGUUCACUCAGAAGCACAUGUUGGCCUAUCACAAGCGAUCACACACAGGAGAGAAACCCUUCAUGUGUGAGGCCUGCGGGAAAAGCUUUGCAUCUAAAGAAUACCUGAGACACCACUCAAACAUCCACACCGGGUCCAAGCCAUACAAGUGCGAGCAGUGCGGUCGAGGCUUCGCUCAGAGGAAUUCCCUCCACCAGCAUUUAAAGAUACACACAGGUGAGCGUCCGUACAGCUGUAAAGACUGCGACAAGCAGUUCACCCAGCUCAACGCCCUCCAGAGGCACCAGCGUAUUCACACAGGAGAGAAGCCCUACAUGUGUGGUCUUUGUAGACGCACCUUUACAGACAAGUCCACCCUUCGCAGGCACACUAUGAUCCAUGACUCGGAUGCUCCCUGGAAAACCUACCUUGUGGUGCUGGAGGGAAAUGUGGAGGAUAAGAAACCCAAAAGUCCUACUAAGGGAAAGACAGAAAAAGCAGGACCAAAGGAGAAAAGGAGCACUGCUAGAAAAGGUGCUGGUGGUUCUGCUGCUGGUGGUACUGGUACAGCAGGCGGUCAUGGUAAAACCCCCACUGACUCCUUGGUGUUGUCGUCUGAGCCGAUCACUCUCCCAUCUGAAUGGACCAGCCAUGGGGCGUUUGCUGUGGUCAGCCACGGCGCCCUCGGCGGGAUCACCGUCAUCCACACCGAGAUGCCACCCGGGACCCAGCUCCAGCCCAUCGUAACCACCGACAGCACAGGGGCCAGCGUUAUUUCCUUAGAUGGAUCAGGCAUCCCCUUCUCAAUACCAGUCUCCAUGGCUCACACUCUCCCCUUGUGCUCUGAAGCGUCCUCCACCUCUCUGUCUAUACCCACUCUCUCAAUUCCUGUUUCUGAUGGCACGUUUGCAUCAGUCUCAGAGAUCCCAACUGUUUCUACGGCCUCUGUCCUGGAAGCUGCAGCCUCACAGACCAUUUUGGCUUCAGUUUCAGACGCCAAGGCCGCUUCCGAGACGGCUAUUUUGCUGCCUGACAUUCAGACAGUGAUUGUCGGCGCAGAGGUGUGUGGGAAAGAACAAUCAGCUGAGGUCCCGAGCGAUGGAGAGCAGAGGACAGCAGAUAACCCCUCAGGUGAACCUGAAGGGGCCCCAGCUCAAGAUGCUGUGUAGAGAAUGCAUGUGAAUAGAAAGAAUCUAAUGUGGGUGUGGGGGGAUUUAAAAUCAAAUUUCAACCCCCGCUUUUCCACGUUAUAUCAUGUAUAUAUACUUUAGCAUUAGCAGUGUAUGAAUGUGUGGUCUGACCAUGUGGUGUUUUAUCAUUAUUAGGAUCUUUAAGUCCAGUGUUUCAUUAACAGACUUGGAUGUGACGUUUCAGUUUGUCACACUCUUUUGGAACACGAAGGUAUUCAUUAAAAAUCACAAGAAUUAGCUAUAGUCAGAGAUAAAAACUAAAAUAUGA